AUCAGCUGUGUCCAAUCACAGCUGAUCAUUGAUGAUCAGUGUGGCCCCAGCAGUGUCAACUGUCAGUGUCCAUCAGUGCCUUGUGCCAGUACCCAUCAGUGCCACAUCAAUGCCACACACCAGUGCACAUCAAUGCCACAUAUCAGUGCCCAUCUGAGCUGCCUUUCAGUGUUACCCAUCAGUGCCAGUCAGUGCCACCUAUCUAUGCCAAUCAGUGCCACCUAUCAGUGCCAGUCAGUGCCGCCUAACAGUGCCAGUCAGUGCCAUAUAUCAGUGCCAUGUAUCAGUGCUGCC